AUGCCAUAUUUGAAAAAUAAAAAUAAAAAAUUAAUUUUUAAAUAUUGUUUCACAGAAAACAAAGAAAUUGUGAGAAUUCGAAGAGGUUACGAAAAUCACAGGAGUAAAAAUUACGGUAAUAAUUUUGCUACCGGAAGUGAAGUUUUCACAACGGAAAAUUCAACAGUUGUAAUCGCACAAAUCGGCGGAACGGCAACACUGCCCUGCGGAGUAAGAAAAUUUAACAGCGGAGUGGUUUAA